AUGAAUAUGUAUAGAAUGAGAUAUGAUAAGAACUUGGAGAAAGAUGCGCAAAAAUACGCGGACAGUUGCCCUACAAGUGCAUCACAGCUUUCAACCCGUUCUAAUUACGGUGAAAAUAUUGAAGUUAUUGAGGACACAUCUAUCUCAUGCGCGGAUGCCAUUGUCCAAGCUUUGCAAAGUUGGUGGAAUCAAAUAUCUGUCACUCCAGUGAAUAGCAAAAUGAAGUAUACCCAAGUGUUGGAGCAGAGCGCUUCGGCGCCAACAAAAUUCACGCAAAUGGCUUGGGGUGCCUCUUACAAAGUUGGAUGCGGUGUAAAGCGCUGCAGUUCUGGAACAGUAGUCGUCUGCCGCUAUUAUGUAAGUAAGGAUUCUGAUAACAGUUAA